AUGGUCCGCAUUUCCAGUGCCCUUCUCGUGCUUCCUUUCAUCUUCGGCAGUCUUGCAAGCCCACUUCUCAGGCGUACCGUCGCGCAAGUCGAAUCCGAUAUCACAGGCAUCAGCACCCAAGUCGACGCUCUGAACACCGCUAUUCAAGCAUUCCCUACUUCUGGUGGAAACUUGGUGGACGCGCUGGGAAUCCACACCGAUGCUACCAACUUAGCAAGCGCCGUCACCACCGCCACCUCCGAUACUCAGGCUACUGACGCCUUCUCGGAGGAUGAUGGCCAGACCAUCCUAGCCCAAGUUCAGGCCCUCGAGCCCAACAUUAUUACUACCCUCCAGAACCUGAUCGCGAAGAAAUCAGGCUUCACGUCCUUACCUGUUGGUGGGGUUACCACGCUCGUUGAACAAGACCUCCAGACUCUGGCCAAUGAUACCUCGGCGUUUGCGGAUGCUUUAAUUGCCAAGUCACCAGCGGAUUUAGUUGAUCAAGCCAAUACUAUCAAAUCAGAUAUUAACGCCGCAUUCUCGUCCGCAAUUUCCGCUUACAGU